AUGCCAGGGGCCAGCACACCGAGGGUGAAGGCAGUGUGCUUCUCUUCCAGUGAGCUGUGUAUAACCUCACACACUGGGUCUACUACAGGACAAGGCCGUUCUUUCACCAUCAACUGCUCUGGGUUUGGCCAGCCCAGGGUGGAGCCGGCUGUUCUGGAUUCAAUGUUGAGCAGAAAGGCCUUCCACCCAGUCAUCAGCCUCGAAGUCCGCGUCCAAGUCAACAUCUCCUUCACGACUGCCAUCCUAGAUGUAGAUGAACAGCUGCAGCUCAUGACCUCAUUCUUGUGGCUAGAAAUGGUCUGGGACAACCCCCUGAUCCGCUGGAGCCCGGAGGAGUGUGAGGGCAUCAGGAAGAUGAGUGUGUUGGCCAGGAACCUGUGGCUCCUGGAUAUUUUCAUCGUUGAGUUCACAGAGAAGGAGAAAACCCCCAGAGGGCUCACAGCAUUUGUAAGUAAUGAAGGUCACAUCCAGUUUAAGAAACCCAUGAAGGUGCCCAGUCUCUGCAACCUGGACAUCUUCUACUUCCCCUUUGACCAGCAAAACUGUACUCUUACCUUCUGCUCGCGGCUCUACACAGCAGAUAACUUGAUACUGGGCAUGGAGAAAGAAGUGUGGGAAAUGGCAGCAGCGUCCCAGAACAUUGUUCCUGUCCACGGGGAAUGGAAGCUCUUGAGCAUCACCAAGGCCACGCCAAAGCUCUCCACAGACACCCAUCUGCAUGAUCAGAUCGUGUUCUAUGUGGCCAUCAAACGCAGGCUCCGGUUUUAUGUCCUACACCUCCUCGUGCCCAGUGGCCUCCUGGUAGCCAUCGACGCCCUCAGCUUCUUCUUGCCGACAGAAAACGUGAAUCUCACCCCCUUCAAGACGGCCCUGCUGCUGGCCUACAUUGUCUUCCUGCUCCUGAUGAACGACUUACUCUUACUCCCUUUCGGUGGCGGCCCUCUCAUCAGCGUCUACUUCGCCCUGUGUCUGUCCCUGAUGGUGACUGGCCUGCUGGAGACCAUCUGCAUCACCCACCUGCUGCACCUGAGCCCCACCCCGCCCCCACCCGUGCCCCACCGCCUCCACUCCCUGCUGCUGCGCCGUCCGGGCCCGGGAGAGGCCGCCCUGCUGCACCCAGCGCACGGGAAUCAGGGCCCGGGUCAGUCCCGCGCCUGCCUACCAGGCCUGAAAGAGCCGGGAGAGCCAGAGCCCAGUGGGUGCCCCGAAUCGGGGGGCGCCCGGAGGGAGCAGGAGGUGGUGGAGCUGUGGGUGCGGUUCGGCCAUCUGAUGGACACCCUGCUUUUCCGCCUCUACCUGCUCUUCCUGGCCUCCUCCCUCGUCUCCGUCAUUGUCCUCUGGAGCACCUAGGCCUGAUGGCUGUGUGCCCACUCCGAGAUGCCUCUGACCUCCAGGCACCAGCCAGGUCCGCGCCUUCUGUCUGCCACAUGCUCCAGGAUGACCACAUCCCUGCAUCUCACGAGCACCCUCCACCGGUCUGCGUGAUCUGGGUCCCCUCCUCUGCCCCACGAAUGGCCCCAGUAAAUCACUUUGCAGACCUC